CUACUGCUAAUAUAUAUCAUUAAAGGCGCAUUCAAAAAACUAUGAAGAUGCUUUAUUUUCUUCUUCUUUUGCUCAUUGGAUCUUUUGAUGCCACAUCUGCUAGCUGUGACUGUCCAUCCAGUGAGCAUACUGACUUAAAACAACUAAGAAAUUUUGGAACUUCGAAUAAAUUAAUCUCAGAUAAACUUGGUGAUUCAAGCAAGCAGAUAUGUGUUAGCUACACAAUGGCAUAUCUCUCGUUAUUUUCCCAGUCAUUUUCCUAUCCUUCCUUUUCAACUCAAGCUAUACAGAAUGCAGAAGUUAAGGAUUCCUGUGGCCCUAAGAACAGUGACGGCUCCAUCGAUUGUCAAAUUGACAGCACUUCAUUUUCACUGGGGCAGUGCUACCCAGAGAAACAAUUCUGCAUUCAUCAGGUAGUGUGUCCAUCGAAUCACAAGGCAUCUUUUCAGUGCUCCAGUCUUGAUUUACCAAAAACUGCUAACGGAAAGUGUCUUGAUUCUCUCUUUAUCGCUAGUAAUAGGUUAGAUGAGAAGCAAUACUGUGGCACAACAGCGGAUUGCUUUUCUGGCUUUAAUGAAAUUGGUGCCAGUAGGAUUAGGAUUAUAUUCACUGGUGGGAAGUGCUGUCAGAGAUGUGGCUAUCGUAUCUGGGUUAAGUGUAUACCUCAGCCAUCAAAUACUGGACAAAAAGGAUCGAGUGGACCAACUAAAAGAGACAUAGAAGAACAUGAGAUUGAGGAAAGAGGUGCCAGAGGGCCACCAGGGCCAGUAGGACCACCAGGACCACCAAGACCACGACCUCCAACGAAAGUAGUAGUACCUGCUGGGGCAGUACUAACUUACAAGAACAGAAAACUAACUGUUAAACAAGGAACUAAAACUCUUCAAACUAGAUGGACUUCUAAGCUUCAAGUGAGGGAUGACAUAGCCUAUGGUUCUGGGGUACUGUUUGAGGCUAAGAGAACUGCAAAUAGAUCAUUUGUAGGCUAUGGAAUUAUGACUAUCUAUUCUAAUCGGAUUUACUAUCACCAGCAAGGAGUUCCUCCAAAUGAAAAACCAACUACAGCUGAGCAAAGAUUUAUUGACAAUGUAGUUAAAUAUUUGAAAAUAGAUGACCAAUCAUCUGGUGGAAAUAAAGGCCUAGCAGGAACAGUUGCUGGUUCCUGUCAGUGUUCAGGCCACCCUGGACCAACAGGAUCACCUCCGACAGGACAAAAAGGAGAGAGGGGACCAGCAGGACCAACUGGACCACAAGGACCCCCUUCAGGAUUUGAUGCUUUAGCUAAAUAUUAUGCAAAGAACGGUCGCAUAGAUAUCGUCAGGUCUUGGGCCAAGAAAUAUUUAAAACAUAAUGUCAAGCCAACAUCUCCACCUAUAGGACCCCAGGGACCCCAGGGACCUUCUGGGCCACAGUGAUCUCUCAAAACUUUUUAAAAGUUUUGUAUAUUUUGAUUUUCCUUUAACAAAAGAAACAAGCUAUUACUAAUAAA